AUGCGUGUGAAGGCGUUGGAGGGUGAACUGGCCGAUAGACAGCGUUCAAUUGACCGAUACGAGACGGAUAUAGAGGAGUUGAAGCGACGUAACCAGCUCGAGGUGGAUAGAAUCAAGGCCGAAAUCGCCAAUCUGCAUACGAAGUAUCAAAAUGAAGUCGACGACGAGCGGGAUCAAAAUGCCAAUACUUUGGAGUUGAUGCGCGCGGCCGAAGAAGACCUACGCGCGAAGUUGACGGCAGCCGAGAAACGCUUGCAAGAUAGUGUUGAACGAGAGAAGACGCUAGAGAAAGAGCGUGACGAUUGGGAGGCGAAAUAUGGUGAUGUGGCGAGAGAGUUAGAGAAGUUGAGGAACGAGAUAGAGGAUUUGAAGAAUGCGCACGAGAGAGAGCUAGAGAAGUGGAGAACGGACUGCGAGAGUGCGCAGAGCGAGCUGAAGACCGCCGAGCUGAACAACGAGACCCUGAAGAACCAGGUGGGCAACCUUAACGACCGAGUGACGUCAUUAAAUAAGACCAUCACCGAACAGACGACUCAGAUCCGAGAAUGUUAG